AUGCCGGACUCAACUCUCUACCUAUACACGUCCCUGACUGCGGGGUCAUCGCACAUUAUCACCGCAACCUCCCGAAUUGAAACAAUCCUCAAAGCAAACAAGCUACCCUUCCGCGCCAUUGAUGUUGCCACCGACGAAGCUGCCCGGAAACUUUGGGGCCGUCGCUCCAGAGGCAAGAAGCUCCCCGGCUUGGUUAAAUAUGGCGAUAUUGUUGGCGACUUAGAAGAAGUUGAAGAAUGGAACGAGUUUGGCGAGCUACGCAUGGUAGUCAACUCCGUGCAAGACCUCGGUGGCAUGCCCGCAACAAGCAACCCUCUCCCUGCGACCGAAACCAAGACCGAGCCCAAAGCUACAACUCCUAAGCCCUCUACGAUCAAGAUCCAAACCCCUCCCGUUACCAGUGAUGAAGAUAAGAAGGAUGACAUGACUGUGCUGGCUUUGCGCCAGGCUAGCACCGAGGCGGCCUCCAAGGCGAAGGCCAAAGCCGAAGAUAAGAAAAUCCCCGCAAAGGAAGAGCCUAAAGAUGAGGUGCCUCUUGCUGGCCGCGGCCACCGAGGCUCGGUCGCUUGCGAAUUGCCAGACACCGCGCCUGAUUCACCCCAGGUGAAGCGCCCGACCCUGGUGCCCGAGAACGCAGCUGUGUCGUCAGCGAACUUCCAUGUGGAUAAUGCCGAGAUGCUCGGGCUCGUUGGACAUCACCGCGGAUCGCGAGUGCCGACUCUUGAAAAUCCAGAACAGGACGAGGUUGUCCACGAGUUGAGAAAAUCUAUCUCCCAGGAGUCGACGGGCAACCUCGAUGCCAUCCGCAAGGAAGCCGCACAGAAGACGCAGGCUGGAUCACCCAUUGAGGAAGUACCGACCCCGCUCGUCGAUGAUGCGAUCGUCACCGAAACCAAGGCAGAGCCCACGGAACCAAAUGAGCUCAAGGAACCGAAUGAGCCCCAGGGCCAAGCUAUUGCAGAGAUCAUUGCGAAGGCUGUUGAAGAGCCCCGGGAAGCUCAAGAGGAGAUCAAGAAGACCCAAGAGGCCGUCGAGGCUAGUUCACCAAAGGGCACAGAGAUCAAGGAUGGCAAAGAAAACACCCAGCCUAUUCCAGCGCAGGUUCCCAAGUCAGCGGAGUAG